AUGUCAUCCUUCUUCAGGCGGUCGCGUACUGGUUGUGUGGAUUGCAAGCAUCUCCGAAUCAAAUGCGACGAGUCGAAGCCAACAUGCAAGAGAUGUGAAGUGAGAGGUGUCGUAUGCGGUGGAUACCCUCUCCAGAUCCGAUGGGUCAAUGAUCCUUCUCCAACCGACGAGCCUGCCCGUGCCCUCAAGAAGCAACACCAAGGACAGCACAACAUCAUUGAACCCUCGGGUUUCUCGAGAAGCUAUGAGAACCAUACAAAAGCCCUCGAGCUCAGGACUGGAAGCAUCUAUCUUUCCGACGUACAUUGUAUGCUGGCGUUCCCGGACAGGCUUCAACUACAUAGCACAUUGGACAAAAACCUCUACGACCAUUCUGUGUCCACACUACCAAACUUGGUGUUUCUGAACAGAUUGCGUUCCCACGACAUCAACAACGCGCACAUAUGGGCCCUACACAAUGCCGACUCCGGCGUGCGUGCCGCAUUACUUCUAUCAUCCGCCACCCAUCUCUUCAUUAAAGGAUGCGUGCCCGAGGUAGAUUUUCUCAAGAUCCGACAAAGGGCGUUCCGCGCCGUCAGGACCGGAGUUGAAGCCAGCCUGGGACGUAGAACCAGACGCACCUCCAGCAUAUCCAAUUGCCUUUCCAUAACAACAAACGAGCAAAAGCCACCUUCGUACGGCCUGGACGUCCUCAUCACCGCCUCGCUCAAACUCGCCGCCACCGCGCUCAUCAACGGAGAGCUUCUCGAAAACGCACUUCCCAUCCUACAGGGCACCGCUUUCCUCGUCAUGGAACGCCAUCGAUUAGCCCGGUCGAACUCUAGCGACAUCUCAGCGAACGAACCCAACUCGCCAAUUCUAGCGAUAUCCGUCAGAAUGCUGGCCUACUUCGACAUCAUGUCGAGCGUGCCCUGCGCCCGAGCCCCCUACCUCCCUGAAGAAUACUGGCUCACAGACAAACAAUGCACAUCGCAAGAGAACAUCGACGGCUCCGGGCUCGACCCGGCAAUGGGCUGUUUCCCCAUCGUCUUCGCGCUCCUCGGCCGCAGCGCCGCCCUCAUCGACGCCCGCUUCUCCGGAUCCCUAAGCCCAUCGCACGCCACCAGCAUCGCACAAACCCUCCUCCACGACCUCGAACACUGGGCGCCCCUCCCCCGCCGCCUUCAACACCCCAACGCAAGCCCAACCUCCCCACCUCCCCACGACGACGAAUACGCCAUCUGCGUGUCGGCAGGCAACGCAUACAGCCUCGCAACCCGGAUCUACCUCCUCCGCAGCUGGGACCACGACCCGGACUCCCCCGCGAUCCAGUCCCUCGUCAAGCAGCUGCACUUCGAAGUCCUCAACGUGCCCAUGCACUCUGCGCCCAUGACCGCCAUGCUGUGGCCGCUGUGGGUGCUGGGGUGCGAGAGCUACACGGCCGAGAUGCGGGAUGCGAUGGUGCUGCGGACGUUGGGCCUGCUGUUCGAGAGGAACACGUUUAGGAAUAUUCAGCAGACGCGGGAGAUGCUGGAGUCGAGGAUCUGGAGGCUGGAGGGAGGUGACCACGGGGGUUUGGACGGAGGGGAUGAGGAGGGGCUGCGUGAUGGUUGUCGGCGGUAUGGACAGGCUGAGUGGGUGAGGUAUUGCUGGGAGGAGGGGAUUAGGCUUAUAUUGGCUUGA